AUGGUCACUGCUUCAAAGGUUGAAUCUCAAGGGAGAGCUCUUCUUCAAUGGAGGCCACCCUUGAAACAGAAGACCUCCUUCACACUUGGACGUCAACGAAUUCUUGACCUCAAUGGCAACCAUAUACAUGGAUCCAUCCCUGCAGCCAUUUCAGCUCUCUCCAAGCUUACCACCCUUGAUCUCUCUGUCAACAAUCUUAGAGGCAUCAUUCCAUCAGAGCUUGGUAAUUUGACAAGAAUAAGUGGCUCCAUACCUACUUCUUUUGGAAAGCUUCUAAAUCUGAAUUUAUUAACCAUCUCCAAAAAUUUCUUAGUUGGUUCUAUUCCUCCAGGGUUUGGAAACUUGACCAAAAUCAAGGGUUUGUAUCUAUGGAGCAACAGACUCAGUGGCUCCAUUCCUAAUGAGAUUGGGAAUUUAGUGAGUUUAAAUGCUUUCGACAUAUCUGACAACCAAAUAACUGGAUUAAUCCCUCCAUCACUUGGAAGUUUGAAAAAGUCUUACAGGUUCAGUGAUAUGAACUGGGUGGAGCCAUCCUUCCCAACUUGGUGA